AUUUUUUAGGUGGAAGCGUUCAACAAAGAAAUGGAGGAAGCGAAAAAUAGAUAUGAUGAUUUGAGAAAGUUGGAUGUAUUAUUGAGGGAGCUAAAUACCCAGGGAAUAUCAAAGCAAGUCAACAGUAACAGACGGUUUAUGAAUCAAGUUAAAAGCGCUGUUGAGGUGUGUAAUUGUUUAAUUAAAGGCUUGUGGAAUACUUCUAAGAACUAAUGUGAUUGAUUUUAUGCGAUUUUUCUGUCCGCCCGUUUGUUUGUUGUCUGUUGUGUGCCCCUUAUAUUUAUGUACCAGAUGGUUGAUGGUGGUUAUAACAAGCAGUUUCCAGUGUGAGAAAGUGAUGUCUAGGGUCGUCGGAGGCGAGGCCUCCCCUAUAAUUUCCUCACCUAUGAGGCUCUCUCCCCCGCAGAGGCUUACAUGAAGUUUCUAGUGAGGGAAAAGUGAGCAUGCAAGGAGUGAUGUGAAGAGCUAAAUAAAGGAAGCCUCUGCGAGUUGAUGCAAUCAAUAUGGCGUCAUAUAUAAUCGUUUGUAGCGAAGUUCGAUCAACCAUCGGGGGUGUUAAAGCAUGUUUUCGACUUUCAUUUUCAGGCGUACUUGAGUAUAUCCUGGGGUGAAUUCAAUAUCAAUAUCUUCUUCUGUCCAUUUGCAUCGAAAAGUAUUGAGAAAUUGCAAACGAAUAUCAAUGGAUACGAGCUAUCUGAUUAUAAAUAUCCUCUUUAAUUGCAACAUUUCUUUAUGAAAAUGACUCUAUUGAACUUCGAUACUCAGAUUAUGAAGAUUCAUUUCAAUUUCUUUCACAUUUCCGUCGAUUUCAAGUUUAAAAAAGGUCAAACAACUAGUUUGGUUCAAAAACCAUACUUCGUCGCAUUAUCAGGCAGAGCUAUUUGAGGCUCUGCGGAGGAGAGAGACCUAUGAGGAUUAUAUUUCUUUUUAUACUUUAUUUCUUUCCUGCACCGGCAAUUACAAUCACCUCAUCCGCAACAGUUUGUUGUUAUAUUGAUAUUGUGUAUAUAUCAGUACGAAUAAAACCAAUUCAUUCAUACUUGUGAUUGAAUACAGAGCAAACGUUGUUUCAAACUGGGAGAAUGAAAUUGUAAAAAGAGUUAUAAAGUAAAUUACAGAAAAUCUUGAAUUCUUAAAUGCAAAAAAUUCAUAACAUUGAUAAACAUUCCUCUCAGGAAACAUGAAAAUGAUGCGUCGGAAACGCAAAAUGUUUCUGUGGGAGCAUGUCUCCGACCUCCCUUGGUUGAAUCCCCCAAUAAAAAUUUGCUAACGACGUCACUGUUUUUUCUUUGCAUUAUAUACAGGAGUCUUGUAUCUGGUGGAAAAUAAAUAGAAUUAAGAGAUGUAGUCAGUUUGCUUGCUACUCUAAACGUGAACACUAAAUUCUGACUUAAUUCUGAGGUUAAUCACCAUCUGCUGCCCUGUAACACUUACUCCCGUUUGUAGUAAAAUGACGCAAUAUGCACUAAAUUGUUUUAGGGUCUGGAAGACGAUGUUAAUCGCGCGAAGAGUUCGUAUUUGGGUGCAUUUGAACUGAUUGAGGAUGCAAAGUAAGUGGCAAAAAAGUACUUGUCGUCGUUGUUGUUGUUGUUGAACCGUUGGUGUUGGUGUUGGUGUUGUUGGUGGUGUGUUGGUGGUGUUGUUUGGUCGUCGUCGUUGUCGUCGUCGUCGUCGUUGGUUUUGUUGUUUUUGUUGUGUUUUUUUUUAACAGAAUAAGCUGAAGAAUUAGCUCUGAGUUACGAGGUCAAGUAGGUUUGUGUAGACCGUGGUAUCUUCAAUCCAGUGAUUGGUAGAGCAUUGAACUAGCAAACAAAAUAUUGUAGGUUUGAUUCCUGCCAACUUUUAGUUGUACCAUCUAAUAUAAUUUCCCUGAGUUGUAACCCCACAAGAACAUUUUUUCUUGUUUCAGAACUCGUGAUAACACUACAACAGAUCCACGUUAUCUUCAACUUCUCAAAGUAAGAACUUACUUCUUAACUAAUAUUUCAAAAUAUUGAACUUUCUAGCUGGACAAAAAACUGUACAAUUUUUAAAAAGCGAAUCUUAAAUGCUUGAUCAUAGUAAUUUGUUUCUAGAGUGUAAAUUUUCAAUCACAAACAGUCUUGAGGUUUGAAAAUGUUUUUCGGAAAACUGCUAAUCGUUUCAGUGGCGAAAUUUUAUUUUUCCUUUCGAAAUGAAUGUUUGAAUAGAGGAUUUCGUUUUGUGAAUGGAGGACUCCAGUUGAGUCGGUCAAAUGAUAACCAGCUGCAGGCUAGACCUAGGGUCUUACUCGGCAGCAGCGGCGGCGGAACAGAUUUCAUUCUGGGGGGGGCUAAAUUUUUUUUCCAUGACCUCCCCCCCCCCCGUCGCCAAAAAAAUUUCGGUCAGUGUACCAUUUUAGGGGUACAAAAAUUUUUCCGGACAUAUACAAGAAAAGGGAUGAAAAAAUUUUUUCCGUACAUAUAACAAAAAAUUUUUCCGGAAAUACACAAUUUUUAAACAAAAUAUUGCAAAUUUUUCCCCUUAUACCCUAAAUUUUCAAAAAAUAACCUAAAUUUUUCCUUAAUUAUCAAAAUUUUUCCAGAAAAAACUAAAUUUUCUGGGGGGCUAAGCCCCCCCACUUUUAUUUCUGGGGGGGGGGGGCUUUAGCCCCCCUAGCCCCUCCCCGGUUCCGCCGCCCCUGCUCGGCAGGCGGCGCUUGAUUUGCAGGUUAAUUAAUUUCAAUGACAUCACGGGGCAGGAUAGAGUCUGACGUAGGCUAGCAAUUUCUUCGCCCCGCCUCCAAAUUGCCUAGGUUCCAGGCUUUUCACGUGAGAAAGCUGAAAUAUAAAUAGAAGGCCUUGGAUCUAGACUGAACCUGCUCGUAAUCCACGUAUUAUUGUUCCUAGAAUCGUGGUUUAGAUCCCAGUUCGGAAAGAAAAAUGAAGGAAAUUCAAUCAUCGUAUCUACAUUUGGAUAAUAAGUUAAGGUAUUUUAUUUAAUCAUUUUAAGUACUUGAAAUGUAUAGAAAUGUAAAGAGAAAAUCAAAUGUUCAAAGCGCACAUGUCAUGAAAUCUUUUCCCAAACUUUUAUGCUUCACUUGAAAGUAUCUUGAAAAUUAUGAAGAAUGACCUCAACAAUUUAUUCACAGCUUAUCUCGUACCCAAGUUCUCGUCCAUUGUGUGUUGCUAUGACAACCACAUAAACGUUCCAAAAUGUUUGCUUAGGUGCACUUACUUAACUGCACCAAAUUUCAUUUAAUUUCGUUGAAACACUUCUGAAAUAUUAGACUGCUGCCAUCUUAAGCUGUUAAGUACAACGAGUGACAUCGUAACACAAAAAUACACAAUGCCCGAUAUUAAAACUUGGGAACGAGAUGAGCUGUGAAUAAAUCGUUGAGCCAAAGGCCAUUAUUUUCAAGGUACUUUCAAGUGAUGCAUAAAAUUUGUGUAGAAAAUAUCGUAUCAUGUGCACUUUUAAAACUGUACAAUUACAAAGUCGAUCGGUCACGGACAUUGUCCGACCCGUUUGUGAAAUUAUCCGACGUAGAAAGGAAACCACCGGACAUUCUGUCCCACCAAAGUGAAACUGAGGUUUAUUGUUUGUUCGACCCGAGUGUAUUGGUGUCCGACCUAACUAUAACUUUGUCCGACGUAAAUCAAAAUAUACCUCAGUCGUGGACCAUAAGCUCGUAUGUUAAAUGGAGAAUCAGAACGAUGUAUGAAAAGUGAACCGGAAAUGUUGUUUUAAUGCAAUCGAGCGCGGGACGGCGAGCGAAAUGGUGAAGUGGAAAACGGGCUUAUACGUACGUUGUCAAAGAAGAUCUUAUUGUUGUUAUUGGCAAGCAAGUUAAUUUUGGCUUGGAAAUAAGUAUGAAUGACACAAAUUAUUUAAUAUCUUCACAACUUUUACCGUUCAGAAAUAAUACAUUGCGCUGAUAUUAAUUUGUGUCAUUCAGACUUAUUUCCGAGCCAAACUGAACUGAAGGUCAUCGGACAUCAGGGUUCGUAGCGGUCUUUGAAAUCCUUGAAAGUCUUUAAAUUUGAAUGCAGGUCUUUAAGGUCUUUGAAAAGUCUUUGAAUUGUGUGAAAAAGCGAAGAAAGUCUUUAAAAGUCUUUAAAUUCUUCAGUGAGUAUUUGAUCAUACGAUUUCCUAGCUAAUAAAAUAGAUUGAUUGAAGCAAGACGUUUGCAAAUAUCGACGAAAAGGCGCAUUUUAGGAUGUGAUUUGACGGGACUAAUUACCUGGUAAAAAUGGUGCUCACACUCGCAAUUUUUCGACAGCUAAUUGCUCUCAAAGGGCUUUGAAAAUUCUUUGAAAAUAGGCAGAAAAAAUAUUUGAAAUUUUUUUGGUCUUGGAGACUACGAACCCUGGACAUCAUCAUACAUAUAGCCCGACCUCAAAGUCACCGGACAUUUUGUCAGACGGCCCUGUGAACGAUACUUUAAGGCUUGCAAACCAUGAGGAUAUUGAUAUUUUCAGAGAGGUGAACAUGGCUUUGGAUGAGCAAUGGGAUAAUCAGAACAAGCAAAAAAGGUUAGCCUUUCGUCGGAAAAAAAUUGGAUUUACCAAAUGCACAUCUACGUACUAUUAUCUACUUCCCACCGGGCACACGACGUUGUUUCAACGUUGAAAUUUGCUAGAAAAAAGGUUGCGACGUCGACAACCUAAUAUCUACGUUGCUCUGACGUUGUUUUACAAACAUUGGUUCAACAGCAGCCAGCAGACGUUGAAUUAACGUUCAUUCAUGGUUAAAUGUACGACGUCGAUUUGUGAACCAAUCUCAACGUUGUUUUAACUUUGAUUCAACGUUGAAUUAUGGUUGACGAGAUUGGCAACCUAAUUUCAACGUUGUUUCAACGUCGAAACAGUAACGUCGAUCCAAUUUGCAUAGUCAACCCUUUUUCAACGUCUAUCCAACGUCUGGAAGGUCAUUUCCAACGUUGAUUCAACGUUGGAUAAACGUCAUUUUGCCCGCUGGGUUUAGAUCACAUGUCUUGAUAAAUACCAUUCAUUUUUUCUAUACUUUUAAGAGGAAAUUGUUUUCAAUGUCGCGCAUUUGCAAUGAAAAGUGUUCAAAACCUAAAAUCUUUUUGGCAUUCGUUACUUUGUUCAAACAAAGUAAUUUUGAGAGGAACGCCAAAAAGAUUUUGUAGUUUACACAGUUAGCAACCUUUUUGAAUGUGUCUGGCGGUUGAGGAACACAAAUUAUAUAAUAACUACAGUGAAACACGCAAUUUGAUUGGUCAAUAGCCGUGCAGGAUGAGGCUAUCCAUGCACGAGGAAUUAAAAUGCCUUCGCGGGAUUUUCGCGGGAUUCUCAAAAUUUCAUUGUUUCACUGUAGUUAUUUUAUAAAACAAUUACCAAAUGGUUUUCUAAGCAGGAUAGCGUGAUCCAUGCACUUGGGAUGUUGCUCGACUUUCGGAAAGCGUAAAAAUACACUCGCCUGCGGCUCGAGUAUUUUUACGCUUUCCGAAAGUCUCGCGACAUCCCUCGUGCAUGGAUCACGUAAUCCUGCACGGAAAACCAUUCGGUAUUCCUUUAAUAAUAGACAGUUAAAUAUUGUCAAUUUAAAUACAAUUAUUAAUGAUGCUGUAAAAUUGACACCAUAUUUAUACAGCAAUAUAAGCAAAACUUACUGAACUUCAGACAGCAUUUUCUCUUUGGCGUACCAUCCAAGAACUCCACAUUUUAGCAUAAUUUUACAGAUAAAGCGCUAAACAAACUCUUUAAAGUUUAUAUACAUGUUUGCCGCUUGAAAAACGUGUCGAAAAUUUGAAUAUAGUAAUGACCAAGUAUAAAAGUUUAUUCAUUAGUUUAUCUAUAUUUAGAGUAGUGCUAAUAUUCUGAUAUACAGGUAUUUUUUGGAUGCAUAUCGUGGUCGAGAUGUAAAUUUUAUAUUUUUUCCUUUUUUUUUAAGAAAAAUGCAAUCACCAUGUUUGGAUACGAUUUAUCAGACCAUGAGACAAAAUCGAAAUAUUGUCAGAAAUCAAGUAUGUCAUGUAGUUGUGAUACUAUAGCUCAUUGAAUGUUGCUGUUGCUGUUGCUGUUGUUGUUGUUGUUGUUGCUGUUGUUGUUGCUGUUGCUGUUGUUGUUGUUGUUGUUGUUGUUGUUGUUGUUGUUGUUGUUGUUGUUGUUGUUGUUGUUGUUGUUGCUGCUGCUGCUGCUGCUGCUGCUGCUGCUGCUGCUGUUUUUGCUGUUUUUGCUGCUGCUGUUUUUGCUGCUGUUGUCGUUGUCGUUGUUGCUGUCGUUGUUGCUGUCGUUGUCGCUGACGCUGUCGUUGUUGUUGUCGUUGUUGUUACUAAUAAAUAUUUUAACACUCGCUUUUCCAGUCCUUGCAACUCGAAGCAAUAUCAAGAAGGGUGAACAAUGGAAGUAUUAGAACUAACCGUUGGGAUCGGAAAGAAGAUUCAGUGUCUGAAAGGUAGAUAUUCUCCAUAGAUUAUCUGCGUGGAAACGAUUUCUGAGAUGUCCAAUAACCUAAAUUUUGUUUAAUGCUAAUAAUAAAUACAAUUAUCUUUCAAAAAUUAAUUGUAAUUUGGUAAUGUUUGCGAUAUUUUUUAGUGAGGACGUCUUGUCACUGUCCGAUCGUUUAAGAAAGCAAAAACUCAAUGCAAGUACGAAAGAAACGGGUAUGUAAGAUCGUUGACUUUUAUUAUUAUGUGUUCGCAAUGGAACAAAAUGGAUCUUAGCUAUAAAUAUCAACCCAUUUCUUUCGGCAAAUUCUGUUUGUAUGUUAAAGUCAUUACAAUCACUAGCAACUGACGUAUCUCAACAGUAUUUUAACACGAUGAAGUAAAAUUUGCAAUCUGUUUGCGCGUUUGUAAGAAUAUGGAUUAAUUAUCAUCAUUGUAUUUUUUAGAUAAUGUUUCUGCAAGGAAGAAGUCGGAACUACGUCAAAUGUUGUCUAAACGUUCCACAGUACCUGUAAGAAAGACUACCUU